ACUGCUGGAAAACAAAAACAAAACGGUAAAAUUUUUGAAACGAGCGGUUGUGUGCCGCUCUGCUGCGUGAAAAAUAAACAAAAUAUCGCAAAUUGCCGGCAAAGUAUUAUGAGUUAAUAUUUCUGUGUAUCGGUGACGCGCUGGCGUUUUAACUACGGAACCGGGCCAACGGCUGCACGAUGCGGAUUUAAUUAAUAGAACAGUGCGUGGUGCCCAGUAACAACAAAUACAUAUAUAUUCUUAGCGCGCAAAGCGUUUCGAAGAAGUAAACAAAAAUAAAAAUGCGUGUUUCGGUGGAAAUCUGAAUAAAACAAGAAGAUAAAAAUUACCAAAUUGUUUUGUGAUUUCCUUGCCUCCCUGUGUCCGUGCGUCCGCGUGUGUGUGUGAGUGUUGUGUUUUCGUGUAAAAGGAAAACAAAACGGAAGGCAAAACAACAACAACAACAGCGGCAGCAGGAGUGUGUGAAGAGAGCGGCCAGCGGCAAAAUGCCGGCGACAGCGAAUUCGUGGGUGUUGUUGCUGUUGUUCGUCGUCGCCGUGGAAAGAUGCAGCAGCAGCAGCAGCAGCAAAGAGCAGUGGCAGGAGCCGCAGUUGCAGUUGCAGCAACAGGAGUCCUCCACUUUACCUCCCUUGCCGGAUAAAGGUCCCUGUCCAGCCUCGUACUUCACAUGCAACGAUGGAUUCUGCAUACCGAUGCGCUGGCGGUGCGACUCGAAGGCCGACUGUCCGGACAGGUCUGAUGAGAGCAGCGAGUGCGCCAAGGCGCCCAAGUGCAACGAGGGACAGUUUCGGUGCGGGCACAGCCGCCAGUGCAUACCGGAUAACUGGCUAUGCGAUGGCGAAUACGACUGCGGCAAGGGCGACACAUCCGAUGAGACCAACUGUCCCAAUGGAGCAGCGCCCAAGUGCCGGGCCUUUGAGAGCGAGUGUCGCAAUGGCGACUGCCUGGAGUUGUCCCGCUUCUGUGAUGGCCACUGGGACUGUGAUAAUGAUGAGCUGCAAUGUGAUAAACAGAACGCGGCCUGCGCCGCCCUGAACUGCAGCUACAACUGCAAGCUAACCCCGCAGGGGCCUCGCUGCUACUGCCCCAAGGGUCAGGUAUCCGAGUCGGCCAACUCCACCCGCUGUGUGGACUACGAUGAGUGCACCGAGCCCGGCACUUGCGACCAGGUGUGCCGCAAUACGCCGGGCUCCUACGAAUGCUCCUGCGUUUCCGGCUAUGCCAAGUCCAAGGGAAGGCGCUGCCGGGCCAUCAAUGUGCCACCCUCGGAGCCGGCAACGCUGACUCUGCUAUCGCAGGGCAACAUCCGGCGUAUCGGAACCAAUGGCGAAGUCAUCGGCCCCAGUCCUGCCCCGUGGGGAAAGGAUAAAGAUGGGGGCACGGAUAAGGAGAAGGACAAGGAGGACGCCAUUGUAGGUAGCCAGCUACUGUCCACGCAUUCGGCGCGCUUUGUCCACGCCUUCGAGGUGUGGCACCGGAACCGUACCCUCUGCGCCCUGCACAACAGCUGGCACGAGCUCCUGAUGCAGUGCCAGCGCAUCGAUGAUGACCGGGUCAACUGGACUCUGCCCAUUUCCUCGUUCAUCUCGGCGCAACAAUUUUUUUCGGAGAUGCGGCUGGACUGGCUGGCGGGUAAUUGGUAUUUGCUGAACGAGGACGACGGCCUGGUCUAUCUGUGCACCAAUGCGAUGACCCAGUGCCGGCUGAUACUGCAGCAGGUGGAGCACAUCUCCUCGCUGGUUCUGGACCCCACCAAGGGCUAUCUGUUUACCACGGACUCCACGCCCAGUCUGUCGCGGUCGCUGCUUGACGGCAGCAAUCGCACGGUUUUGGUCACCGAGCAGAUAUAUCAUCCCAGCAGCAUUGCCCUGGAUCUGGCCAAUGAGUUGGUUUACUGGAUUGAUAUCUACAAGGAUGUCAUAGAGCGUGUGAAUUACGAGGGGCAGAAUCGUUGGACUCUUAAAAAGUCACCAGAUUCUCCCGUUCCUUUAAAAACCAUCCAUGCCCUGGAAGUCUUUGAAAACACCAUAUAUUUGGCUCCUUGGAUGGACAACGCUAUCGUUACCCUUGACAAAUUUACGCUCAAGGCUCGCGUCCUCGUCCCGGAUGUGAAUCGUGGUGCCAAUUUCCGCAUUUUCCACCGCCAAAAACAGCCGGAGGUAGCCCAUCCGUGCCGGGAUAACAACGCUGGCUGCAACCAGAUUUGUGUGCCGCAAUGGACCCGCGGCUUUGCCAGCGCCAAAUGCCUCUGCACCGCCGGCUAUAAGCUGCACAAUCAGACCACCUGCCUGCUAUCCGCUCUGGACAAGUUCCUGGUCUACACGGAUAAGCAAUUGGCCAGGAUUACGGGCGUGCCGCUGGACACUGAGCAAGUGCAUCGAUUGCAGCAGAUUGGCGAGCAACCGGAUGUUAUGGUGCCUGUGCACAAUGUCUCCUUGACGUCCAGCAUUGAUGUGAGUGUGCGUGGCAAGUCGGUGUUUUAUGUGGUACCCGAUGCCGAUGUCAGUCCCAUUGGGGAUGAGGAGCACACGUGCAGUAUACGAAGUCAGUCGCUGAAUGGAAGCGUCUCUCGAUUACUGGUCAGCGGUUUGGAUAAGGUUCAUGCCUUGGCCUUUGACUGGAUCAAUGAGCAUCUGUACUGGUCUAGUCACAGGAAGUUGCAGGUGGCUCCGCUGAGGAAUAUGAGCAAGGUUCUGACCUUUAACAUGGACUGCGAUGUGAUGUCCCUGGAGCUGGAUCCCAUCACAGGCCUCCUCUACUGGACUCAGUGGGAGUCGCAGACCUGUGAGGCCGGGAUCUACAGCGCUUGGAUGGAUGGCACUCACAAAGAGCUGCUGGCCAAGGCCACCACUACCAUGCCCAUGCGUUGGCCUCGCAGUUUAGAUGUGGAUAGACGCACCAAAGAGCUGUACUGGUGCGACUUUCGGCUGGGCUCCAUCGAGCUGAUGAAGCUGGAUGGAACUGGCAGGGAGCUACUCUUCAAGUCCGACCAAUUUCAUCCUUACUCCAUGGUGCAAAACAAUGGACUGAUCUAUUGGGUGGACCACAUCAACUCUACUAUCUGGCGCUUCCAUGCCCAUCAGGCGAACCUCUCCAGCACGUUUAGUUCCACGGUGCAUCUCCAACGAACUGGACGAGGAGCUGACCUCAGGAUCUUUGAUUUGGCUACCCAACCCCUGCCCCAGACGCCCAGUGCUUGUGCGCAGUCCAAGUGCCCGGGCAUGUGCCUGAACACUCCAAAGGGAGCUAUAUGCCGGUGUCCAGAUGGCUUCACUCUUAAUGGCACUGGAAGCCACUGCAUACCUCAGUUGGCUCCUUCACCCAUUCGUCCCAAUUGCACUUCGGGUUUCAUGUGUCGGAGCACGAGGCAGUGCAUCGAUGGCAAGGACAUGUGUGAUGGCUUCGAGGACUGUGAAGAUGGCAUUGACGAAAGCAGCGAUUCGCGAGGUCCUUGUAAUCCACUAACCUGCGAUAAGACCCUGCACUUUGUGUGCAAUGGACGCUGCUAUCAGAGAUCCCUUCUCUGUAGCUCCAUUGCCUACUGCUCGGAUGGUUCUGACCAGCUGAACUGCGAGCACAGCACCUGCAAUAGCAAUGAGUUCACCUGCCAGAAGAGCGGUCGCUGCAUACAGAUGGCCUGGGUGAAUGAUGGAGUGAUUGAUUGCGGGCCGGAUGACGACUCGGAUGAGUCGGCGGAGAUCUUCUUUGGCAGCAAGUGUCCGGAGUUGGAUUGUGGCAAUGGCAGGUGUCGCCAGUUUGCUGAUGUCUGCGAUGGCAUAGAUAAUUGCGGAAACAAUGCCGAUGAGACAGACUGCGAGCAGGAGUGUGGUCAUGGCGAAAAGUAUUGCCGCCCCAUUGGCUGCUACGGGGAGAUGACCAUGUGCGAUGGCAUUCACGACUGCGAGGACUCUAGCGACGAGGCUAAUUGUAAUCAAACCAAGAGCGACAAUCAUCCUUUAACUGGCUGGAAGGAGCUGACCGAGUGUGCUCCUCUGGAGUUUGCCUGCCAGGAUCCUUUCGAGUGCAUUCCCGACUUCCUGCGCUGCGAUGGCAUCCCCCAUUGCUUUGACAAAACAGACGAGCUCAAUUGCACGCACAUCAAUGCCACCCGCUUUGAUCUCAAUGAGACGGUGAUCUGUGAGCAUCCCGACCGGCUUUGCGGCUUUAGCAGGCAGUGUGUGACCGUAGAUCAGCUGUGCGAUGGCAAAAACGACUGCGAGGACACCACAGACGAGGGUUUCCUGUGCGCUGAUAAGCUUUGCGAACGCAACCACGAGUGCUCACAUCACUGCCAUAAUACGCCGGAAGGCUACAUCUGCUCUUGUCCGGAUCAUUUGUACUUACAGCCGAAUGGCAAGCGCUGCAGCAUGCAACAUGCCUGCGAUCAUUGGGACACCUGUUCGCAGGUCUGCGAGAGCAGCGGCAAGGGCUACGAGUGUCAUUGCUUGAAGGGAUUCGAUUUGGCUUACGACAAGUUCACCUGCAAGAGCACUGCCCCGGAUGAGCCUUAUGUGAUCUUUACGAACCGCCAGGACAUCAAGGGCAUUGACCUGAAGACCCUGAAUGUUGGCAAUUUCUACACCUCCCAAAGAAACAUUAUUGCCUUGGAUUUCCUUUAUGUCAACGAGUCCAACAUUGAGAUCUACUGGACAGAUGUGAUUGAUGACAAGAUAUAUAGGGGCCAACUGAUGGGUGAGAGUCUGCGGAAUGUGGAGGCGGUUAUCCACUCUGGUCUGUCCACCACCGAGGGCCUGGCCGUGGACUGGGUGGGCAAGAACCUGUACUGGAUAGACUCUAAUCUUGACCAAAUAGAGGUGGCCAAGCUGAAUGGCAGCUUCAGGCGCACUCUGAUAGCAGGCAGCAUGGAGAGUCCUCGGGCUAUAGCGCUAGAUCCACGUGAGGGUUUGCUCUUCUGGACCGACUGGGAUGACAACUCGCCGCGCAUUGAGCGGGCCAGUAUGUCGGGCGAGGGCAGGCGCAUGAUCUCCACCAGCUGGCAGCUAAGUGCCGGCUGGCCCAAUGGCCUUACCCUGGACUAUACCCAAAAGCGUGUCUAUUGGGUGGAUGCCAAAUCCGACUCGAUUAGCAGCACUUUAUACGAUGGCUCCGAGCAUCAUAUAGUGCUGCGCAACAAGGACAUACUCUCGCAUCCUUUUGCCAUAUCCGUCUUUGAGAAUUAUGUUUACUGGACGGAUUGGAGAACUACAUCAGUUAUAAGGGCCAACAAGUGGAACGGCAGCGAUGUUCAGGUGCUGCAGCGCACUCAGUCGCAGCCCUUUGGCAUUCAGGUUCUCCACUCGAGCCGUCAGCCCUGGGAUAAGAAUCCCUGUGGGGACAACAACGGUGGCUGCUCGCAUUUGUGUCUGCUGAGUGGAAAGGGGACCUUCAAGUGCGAGUGUCCCCAUGUGAUGCGUCUGGAUCCCAGCAAUGAACGCAACUGUAUUCCCAACGAGCAAGUGCUGCUCUUUGUGAUGGUGGACGAGAUCCGGGGCAUAGAUCUUCAUCAGCCCAAUCAUCAUACCAUUCCCACAAUCAGGCAGUCACCAAGGUUGGUGGCUCCCCAACGCAUUGACUUCCUGGUGGACGAGAGUCGCAUCUUCUGGUCGGACAUCCAGCAGAAUGAGAUCUCCAGCGCUGGCAUCUCCAAUGGUCUGAUUGAACCCAUCAUCAACACCAACAUAGAGAAGCCCUAUGGCUUUGCCAUUGACUGGAUUGGCAGGAACAUGUACUUUUCCUCGGGUCAGAUCAAGUGCAAUAUCCUGGCGAGUAACCUGAAGGGAGAGUAUGUAACCCACAUUCAUGAGGACCUCAAUAUGGUGGACAGCAUUGUCCUGGAUCCUGCCAAUGGCAAAAUGUACUGGAUUCACACCGCCUCCGAUGGUAGCUUUUCCCAGCUGGAGCAGUCCAAUCUGGAUGGCUCCGGCCGUGCCUUGAUCUAUGAACACAAGCACAGCCUCCAGAGUUUGACCAUGGACUUUGACUCGCAGAGAUUGUACUAUGCCUAUGAUAACUCUGGGAUUGCCUAUUACGAUAUCCCCAGGAAUGAGACCAGAAAGGUUCUAGUGGCCAGUCAGAUCACCUCGGUCAGUUCACUCACGGUCUAUAAUGGAACGUUGUACUUCCCGGAGAAUAUACAGAGUGUGAUUAUGCAGUGCGAGAAGGAGGCCUGCUCCAAUAUGUCCUACUUGAGGGUCAAUACGAAGACCAUUCAGAGCAUGAAGAUGUUCUAUGCAGAUGCCCAGACAGGCACGAAUACCUGUGCUGGACCUCUGCGUGGUGGUUGCCAGCACUUGUGCCUGGCCAUCUCAGCCACGGAUCAUGUGUGCCGCUGUGCCCUGGGCUAUGAUGUAGAGCCCAAGAACCCCACGCAUUGUAUUCCAAGAGCAGAGUUCAUUUUCUACUCCAUUGAUGUGCUGCAGGGCGUGGAGAUGAUUGAUCCCUCGGAGGAGUUUGAUCAGCCAGCAGCGGCUCUGGUUCCCAUUUCCCGGGUGAGCUCGGCCAGCUUUAUCGAGUACUUGGCCGCCACGGACACUCUCUACUGGGGUGACAAUGAACUGGGCAGCAUCUCCCGUGUCAAGCGCGAUGGCACUCAAAGGGAGACCAUCCUAGAGGCCAUCAAUCUGGCUGGCUACAAGCAACAGGACUGGCUCGGAGGCAUUGCCAUUGACUGGGUGGCCGGCAACAUCUACUGGAGCGACACUAAGCGCAAUCUUAUAGAGGUUGCCCGCUUAGAUGGCAGCCAUCGCUAUGUGGUGGUCUCCAACCUGGACAAACCCACCUCCCUGGCGGUGGACCCUCAGCAGGGCCUGCUCUUCUAUGUGACCCAGCAGCAUAUUGGACGUGUGGGUCUGGAUGGCAGCCAGGCAUUUAUCCUGGUCAACCAGACGCGGGCCAACUGGGCCGUGGGCAGCCUGGUGCUGGACAUUGAAGCCACCAAGGUGUACUGGUGCGAGCGUAAUCCCGAUGCCUUGAUGAAGGUGGAUUACGAUGGGAAUCUAAGGCAGCAGCUAAUGAACUUGACCCUCAAUAACCCAGUGGCUCUGGCCAAAAUGGGUGACUAUCUGUACUGGGCGGAGAACAAAUACAACGAGGGAACCAUUCGAGUGGCCCCGCUGGCUAAUCUCAGCAGGUCAAAGGUUAUCCUGGAGACAGAGCAGGAUGCCAUUAGGGAUUUGAAGAUUUACUCGAAGCGUAUACAGCGCGGCACUAAUCCCUGUGCCCAGAGCAAUGGCGGCUGUGAGCAACUCUGCCUGUUCAACGGCACCAGCCCAAUCUGUGCCUGCGCCCACAGUCGCCUGGCGGCGGAUGGAGUCACCUGUGAACCCUACGAGAAUUUCUUGCUGUUUAGCUAUCGCAGUAACAUCGAGAGCAUCCACAUGACGGAGCACUCCAACAAGAACUGGCCAGUGCAAAUGAUAUCCAACAGCAGCGUAAUGAGGAACGUGAUUGCCUUGAGCUACAACUACGAGGAGCAGCUGGUGUACUACUCGGAUGUCCAGCUGAGCACCAUCAACCAGGUGCACUUUAAUGGCAGUGGUCAGCGCGAGCUGGUGGGUCAGCAGGAGCGAGUUGAGGGUCUGGCCUAUGACAUGGUCAAUGAGCAGCUUUUCUGGACUUCAAAUAAUAAUAAUGCUGUCAUACGCAGUGUGGAGCUGCGUCACCUCGCUGAGCAGGCGGAUCAGAAUCAAAAGCAUGUGAAAAACGUGCUAAAUCUCCGGGAGAAGGACAAGCCGCGUGGUAUUGCUGUAGAGCCCUGCCUGGGCAUGAUCUACUGGACCAACUGGAACGAAGAGUCGCCCUGCAUUCAGCGCUCAUACCUCACGGGUUACGGUAUAGAGAUGAUUAUAAAGAAGGACAUCAAGAUGCCAAAUGCCUUGACCCUAGACCUGGAGCAGCAGAAACUGUACUGGGCGGAUGCCAGGCUGGACAAAAUCGAGCGCACCAACUACGAUGGCAGCAACCGGGUGGUGUUGGCUCAUUCCACGCCAAAGCAUGCCUUUGCGAUGGCUGUGUACGGAGAUCUACUCUUCUGGACGGAUUGGGUGCUCCAUGCAGUGGUAAGAGCCAACAAGUACACCGGCACCGAUGUCCUGUUCCUCCGGGAGCAUGUAACCCGCCCAAUGGGCAUAGUGGCGGUGCAGAACACCAGCAUCAACUGCGAUGCCAAUCAGUGUAAAAUCCUGAAUGGCCAAUGCGAGGAUGUGUGCAUCCUAAAUGCCAGCGGCCAGGCCACUUGCCACUGCACUCAGGGCAUCCUCGCACCCGAUGGACGCCGCUGCAUUGCCCCCGUGAAUACAAGCUGCGGCUCCCUGCAGUACAACUGCCACUCUGGUGAGUGCAUCCCCAUGGAGCUGACCUGCGACAAUGUAACCCACUGCGCCGAUGGCUCUGAUGAGUGGCGCAGCUACUGCAUCUUCCGGCAAUGCCCAGACACCCACUUCAUGUGCCAGAACCAUCGCUGCAUACCCAAGGAACACAAGUGCGAUGGCCUGCAGCAGUGUGGCGAUGGCAGCGAUGAGACCAAGCUGCUCUGCAAGUGCCCGCAGGAUCAGUUCCGCUGCGGCAGCGGUGAGUGCAUCGCGAGGAAGUUUGUGUGCGACAAGAUGAAGGAUUGCCGGGACUUUAGUGAUGAGAAAAUGUGUGCUCCCACGCCCUGCGAGGUGGGCAAUGUGGCCUUCGAGCACUGCGGCAACAGCACCAUCUGCAUUAUGCCCAGCUGGCGCUGCGAUGGGGAUGCGGAUUGUCCCGAUGGAACCGAUGAGCUGAACUGCCCGAAUCGCACUAAUGUUAGCUGCAAUGCUGGCCAGUUCAGGUGCGCCACCGGCAGCUGCAUAUUUGAGGCCUGGCAUUGCGAUGGCGAGAAGGAUUGCUCCGAUGGCAGCGAUGAGAUGGGCUGCCGCCACGAAUGCCAUGGCAAUCAGUUUGCCUGCGACAAUGGCUGCAUCCCGGCCAGCUGGCAGUGUGACGGGAAGAGCGAUUGCGAGGAUGGCACGGACGAGGGCCCGCAGUGCCCGAGCCGACCAUGUCGACCGCAUUUGUUCCAGUGUAAGAGCUCAGGGCGCUGUAUACCUCAGAAGUGGGUGUGUGAUGGCGAGAAGGAUUGUCCCAGCGGCCCGGGGGAUACAGGCAGCGAGGAUGAGGGUCCCCAGUGUGGCGGCAUUGCUCACAUUCCCGACUGUCCACCGCCUGCGCAUCUCUGCACCAGUGGUUUGUGCAUUGACUCCCAGUACGUAUGCGAUGGCGAUGAGGAUUGUCCUGGCGGCGACGAUGAGUACGAGGGCUGUGUGCCUGCCUUUGCUCCUCACUCCUGUCCAGGCGGAUUACUUAUGCACCAGUGCCAGGAUGGCAAGUGCAUCUUAAAGAACCAAACCUGCGACGGCAAGCCGGAUUGCGGCGAUGGCAGCGACGAGCUACCUAGCCUGUGUGCCCACACCCGCGGAUGCAAUGGCACGGACGACUUCCGCUGCAAGAACGGAGCCUGCAUCAGUGUGGAUCUGCUUUGCGAUCGGAGGAACGACUGCGCCGACUUCUCUGAUGAGGAGCUGUGUAAUGUGAACGAGUGCCUCAUUCCGGAUAUCUGCGAGCACGAAUGCGAGGACAAGGUGGUGGGCUACAAAUGUCAUUGCCGACCUGGCUACAAGGUUCUGCCCCAGAGUCCACAUCUUUGCACGGAUGUCGAUGAAUGCGACGAGCAGCAGCCCUGCUCCCAGACUUGUGUCAAUACCUAUGGCUCCUACAAGUGUCUGUGCGCCAAGGGGUACGCCUUGGUUGAUCAUCACACCUGCAAGGCCACCAGCAAUGUGUCCAUGGAGCUCAUCUUCUCCAAUCGUUACUACAUACGCCAGGUGAACAUGACGGGCAAUGGCACUAUACUGAUCAACGAACUUUCAAAUGCCGUGGCUUUGGACUACGACUGGGACAGUCAGUGUCUUUAUUGGUCCGAUGUGACCAGCACAGUGGGCACCAUCAAGAGGCAUUGCCCGAAAGAGAACAAGACCCAGACCCUGCACCAGGCCAUGCUCAAGAACCCCGAUGGCCUGGCCGUGGACUGGGUGGCCAAGAACCUGUACUGGUGCGACAAGGGACUGGACACCAUUGAGGUCUCCCAGCUGGAUGGCAAGUACAGAAAGGUCCUGAUCAACGAGUAUCUCCGAGAGCCGCGCGGCAUUGCCCUGCAUCCUUAUCAGCGACACAUUUACUGGUCGGAUUGGGGCGACAAUCCCCACAUAGGCAAGGCGGGCAUGGAUGGCUCCAAUCCCAGAAUGAUCAUACGCGAAGGUCUGGGCUGGCCCAACGCUCUCACCAUUAGCUUCGAGACGCAGCAGCUGUUCUGGGGCGAUGCCCGCGAGGACACCAUCUCGGUGAGCGAUUUGGAUGGCAAUCACACGCGACUGCUGCUGGCGAGGAGCAUUAAUCCCGAACUCAAUCUUCACCACAUCUUUGCCAUUGCCGUGUGGGAGGGUCACAUUUACUGGUCAGACUGGGAGACCAAGUCCAUUGAGUACUGCAGCAUCUUUAGUGGACACAACUGUACCACCUUGAUCACCACCAUCCACCGACCCAUGGACCUAAGGGUGUUCCAUCCUUAUCGCCAGCAGCAGCCAAUGAGCGGCAAUCCGUGUCUCAAGGCCAACUGCUCUACGCUGUGUGUCCUGUCGCCGGAAGAGCCCUACUACAAGUGUCUCUGCCCCACGAACUUUGUGCUGGCGGCCGACAAUCGCACCUGUCGUGCCAACUGCACGGCUGCCCACUUCGAGUGCGUUAAUACUUACAAAUGUAUUCCAUUCUACUGGCGUUGUGAUACCCAAGAUGACUGCGGCGAUGGCAGCGAUGAGCCAGAGACCUGUCCGCCCUUCCACUGCGAACCGGGUCAGUAUCAGUGCGCCAAUAAGAAGUGCAUCCAUCCGUCGCACAUUUGUGAUGGCACCAAUCAGUGUGGCGAUGGCUCCGAUGAGCUCAACUGCGACAAGUUCACCUGCUUCGACACGCAUCUCAAGUGCGGCGCUACUACCAAUACCAGUGCCUUCUGCGUGGACAAUGUCAAGCGUUGCGACGGGGUCAGCGACUGUCCUGGUGGAGAAGAUGAGGCAGGAUGCACGCCGCUUGUUUGCAAGAAGGAUCAGUUCCAGUGCGGCAACAACCGGUGCAUGCCCUAUGUCUGGGUGUGCGAUGGCGACAUCGAUUGUCCUGACAAGUCGGAUGAGGCCAACUGUGAUAAUGUGUCCUGUGGACCCAAUGAUUUCCAAUGCAAUUCGGGUCGCUGCAUUCCUCUGGCCUGGCGUUGUGACGAUGAACCCGACUGUCCCAAUGGCGAAGAUGAGCCUCCUAGCUGCUUCACCUCUAAGGCCACCUGUGAUCCUACCUACUUCAAGUGCAAUAACUCCAAGUGCAUACCAGGACGCUGGCGUUGUGACUACGAGAAUGAUUGUGGCGAUGGCAGCGACGAGCUUAAUUGUCAAAUGAGAAACUGCUCUGAAAGCGAGUUCCGUUGCGGAACGGGUAAAUGCAUCAAGCACAACUACCGUUGUGAUGGAGAGAUCCAUUGUGAUGACAGCAGUGACGAGAUCAACUGCAACAUCACCUGCAAGGAAAAGCAAUUCAAGUGCGCCGCCUUCAAUACCUGUAUUAACACGCAAUACCAAUGCGAUGGCGACGAUGACUGCCCCGAUGGCUCCGAUGAGGUCAACUGCACUUGUCCCUCGGAUCAUUUUAGCUGCGGCAAUGGCAAGUGCAUCAUGUCCCGCUGGAAAUGCGAUGGGUGGGACGAUUGUCUGGAUGGCAGCGAUGAAAGCUUUGCCACCUGUGCCCACAUCCAUUGCCAUGCCAAUGCCUUCAAGUGCAAGAAUCAAUUGUGCAUCCGAAACUCUGCUCUCUGCGAUGGCGUCAACGACUGUGAUGAGAAGGAGGAUGAGUCGGAUGAGGUGUGUGCUGCAUUGCCCAAGUGCCGGCAUGAUCAGUUCCAAUGCGAGAAUGAUGACUGCAUUGCCAAGAUCUUCCGCUGUGAUGGACAGUACAAUUGCAUUGAUGGCUCUGAUGAGAUGAACUGCCAGCCGCCGGUGUGUGGCUUUGGCAGCUGCUCACAGAUUUGCAUUGAGAAGAAGGCGGGGCAUUUUAAUUGCAAGUGCGCCGAGGGCUAUCAGAAGGGCACAGCCAAGAAUGCCACUUGCCUGGCCUCGGGACCAGAUCAGAUCUUGUUGCUAGCCUCAGAGCAGGAGUUCAGAUUCAUACUGCCCGCCAAGCAGGAGGGCACCACUGUGGUGGGCUUCUUCCAGACGGACAGCCUCAAGAUUGAUGUCUUUGACAUCCUAAUCAGGCCAAAGGAUACGCUGCUGUUCUGGAUUGACUCGCAUCAUGGAAAAGUGCACACCAUGAAGAUAGCCACGCCGCAUGUGGAGGGCACAGGAGUGCGUGUGCGUCGGGAUCUCAAGGAGCUUACCGCUUUCAAUAUUCCGGAACUGGAUGAUCCCAAGUCACUAGCUGUGGAUUGGAUUACCCAACGGGUGUACAUCAUAGACUCGCGACACAAUCAGAUUCUGGCCACUGAUAUCGAGGGCAAAAAGUAUAUAUCUUUGGUGUCUACUGGCAUGAAUCCCACGGAUAUUGUCUUGGAGCCGGAAUCGCGCAUUAUGAUUUGGUCCACAUUGGAGAAUGGCAUCUUGGUUGCCUCCUUGGAUGGCAGCAAUAAGAAGAGCUUGGUGGAGAGGGAUGUAGGUUGGCCUAUCAGCCUCUCAAUGGAUUAUCCCACGGGUAGACUCUACUGGGCGGAUUAUCGCAAGGGAACCAUAGAGACAUGCCGCCUUAAUGGCAAGGAUAGAAAUGUGGUGCGACGCUUUGGCACGCGGGAGAAGCCGCAGAAGAUCGAUGUAUUCGAGGACUUUUUGUACAUCAAGCUGUACGAUCAGAGCAUCAUCAAGAUGAACAAGUUUGGCAAUGAUAAUGGCACUUAUCUGCUGAAAGGAUACCGCUCCUCGGACAUAGGCAUCUUACAUCCCAUGAAACAGAAUAGGAAUAUCACUAAUCCCUGCGCCAAGGAUCCCUGCAAGCCAUCGCGCUCCCUUUGCAUACUCUCCUCGGAGGCCGCCAGCGGUUUUAGUUGCCGCUGCCCCGAGGGCUAUGUAAUGACCGAGGAAGUAUGCAAGGCUCAUGCGGAAAUCCCCGAUUAUUGUCCGCUUCAGUGCAACCUGGGUACUUGCAAGAUCGUGGACCAUGUGCCCAAGUGCAUCUGCCAGCCGCAGUUUGAGGGAGAGCUUUGCGAGCACUAUCGCUGCUCCGGCCAUUGUCUGCACUAUGGUGUGUGCUCGGUGGCUCCUCAGCUGCCUGGUUCCACGGAUCCACCGCCGCUGAAGUGUACCUGUACGGCAGGCUGGUCGGGAGCGAGAUGCGAGACCUCCAUGCCCGCCUGCCAGAGUCGCUGUCAUAAUGGAGGAUCCUGCCUGCUUUCCGAAACGGAGGGCAUGAAAUGCAGCUGCCCGAAGCUCUUUACCGGCGAGCAGUGCGAGCACUGUGUGAAUCUCACCUGCGAGAACGGCGGCAUCUGCCGGGAAACGCUGACGGGCACGCCGCAGUGCGAGUGUCCCGAUGGCUUCACGGGAAAGCGUUGCGAGAUUGAUGAGUGCGCCAACUUCUGCAAGAACGGCGGCGCCUGUGUGAUUGGCUCUAAGGGGCAGAGGCAGUGUAAGUGUCUCAGUGGCUUCUAUGGCGAGCACUGUGAGUCUAGUUCUUGCCGGGACUUUUGCCAGAAUGGAGGAACCUGCUCGGAGCGGGGUGGUCGCCUGUCUUGCACCUGUCCUCCACGCUACAUUGGCGAAAGCUGCGAAUCGGAUCUAUGCAAGACCUCCUCGCCGCCGCUCUUCUGUGACACCGCCAAGAUACCCGUCAGGGAUCCCUGCACCGCCAUCAUUUGCCAGAACUCGGGAACCUGUCAUGUGAUCAAGGGCGUGGCUAUGUGCAAUUGCACGGACCAGUGGAACGGUGACUUUUGCACGAUGCCCGUUUCGGAUGACAACCCUUGUGUCCGGUACUGUGCAAAUGGUGGCGUCUGUCAUCUGGAUGAGUAUGCUUUGCCACACUGCAGCUGCAUUGGCGAGUGGCAGGGCAAUGCCUGCGAGCUGCCUCCACAUUGUGUCGGCGGCGUGUGCAAUGUUUGUCGUCCGGGCAGCUCCAUUAACGAGUGUCUUUGUGAAAAGAACAGGGUGGUGCCCUGUCUGGUGGACAGUGCCGAUGCUCUGAAGGGUGAGCAGGAUUCGGCGGAAUCAGGUGGAGGCGUCUUCUCGGUUCUGGCGCUCAUUCUGGCUGUGAUUCUCCUGGUGCUCGUUUUGUUUGCCGGCGCUGUUUACUUCCUAAAAAAACAUCGCAUAGCUCAGCCAUUCUCGCAUGCUCGUCUCACGGACAACGUGGAGAUCAUGCUCACCAAUGCCAUGUAUCGUGGCGAUGCGGAUGAGGCGCCUACCUUUGCCAGUGAAGAUGAUAAGGGCAACUUUGCCAAUCCCGUGUACGAAUCCAUGUACGCGGAUGCCAUACCGGAACCGGUGAGCUCAGAAAUUGCCCACAGCACGGCCCCGGACGAGCGGAAGGGUCUGCUGCAGCACACGCACGACGAGAACCAUACGCCGGACAUACUCUGAUGAUUGACCCGCUGCGAACGGGAGCUGUGCUAGGCACAGUCGACGGAUAUAUCCACAUCCCAACCCACACUCAAUACCGAUUUGAACUCGAACAAAUGGACUGAUAGCUUAGCCAUAUAACGAAUUUUGUAAACGAUUUUUUGUGUACAUUUUUUUUGUGUAUUUUUUUGUUUCCUUUUUUUUAAUUAAUUUUCGGUUUUUAUUUUAAUUUCUUUUUGGGCUGACCUAUGGCCCUCCUCCAUCCAAAGAGCUCUAACUUGGGCAGCCUUGCUCCCCUUUGUUAUGUCCCCGAAAUGAUGAUGUCCUUAUAUAUACCUUAGCCGUGAAGUCGGUCAAAAGAAGACGUUCUUGUCAUUUGUUUACACGUUUUACAAGCAAUGCGCGCCUUUUGAUAAAUGAAUUUUAUAUAUCUAUAUAGUAUAUAUAUCUGUAAAUUUUUGUAGUUGGUAGAUUUAGUUAAAGCGAGCUGGAGAGGGAAGAGAUAAGAGAGAGAACGUUGUAAAUAUUUUAUAAAUUUAUUGCCGCGCACAAGCAGCAGCCUAGUUAACAUUUAGACAGGACAGCCAAGCAAACCAUUCGAUCAAACACUAACAAUUUGCCAACUUAGUGAACAAGAAGGAUAACAAAAGGAGUUCGUCUUUUGAGAUUGACCAAAAAAUGCAUUUAAAUUAAUUUAUUAGUCUCUUCAAAAAGAGAGUGAGAAAGCCAGCACAAGAAAUAAUUAUACAAAUUAGCAAGAAAAUUGCUUAGAAAUAAUUAAAUUCUCACAUCAUACUUUACACAGUUCAAUGUAUGUGUAGCAAUAUUUAGUUUGCACAAAAAUUUCCACUCAAACUGAAAGAAACUCACACUUUUCCUGUAUAAAAUAAUGCUCAGACAAAGCCAAAUUUUAACAAAUAUACAAUGUAAAAAAUCUAACAACUAUACAGACAUAAAACUAUGUAUGUUAAGCACUGCAAAAAAUAUAUAAGAAAAUUGUAAAAAACCUAAAAAUAAAUAUUCAUUAAU